UUCAUCUUAUGGGUUCAAUGCUUAUCUUCUAGACCGAAUAAUCCUUCAGAAUAACCAUCCUUUGAGACAGGAAUUCAUCUUGUGUAUAUUGUUCUUUGACUUGAUUCCAUUUAAAAUGAUACUGCAUUUUUUUUAGUCCUGAGCACGAAUUUAUUUUAAAUCAUAUAUUACACCCAUGGAUCUGCAGGGGGAUCUCUGCAUCCCCAUGGAUCUCUGCAUCCAGCACUGCUGUCUUUGGAGGCGCCGGGAAUAGGCUGAGCUCUGCCUGAAGCUCUUCUCACCUUCCCCACACCCUUCCCGGCACAGAGAGGGUUUUAGCUCCUCACAGCUCCCCGGACUGGGCUUGCAGCCCCUCCUCUAUUUACAUCAUCAAAUACUUGAAUUCCAACUGAUUUCCCUGAACUUGUUCGAGCAAAAACCCCAGUGCUCUGAUGGUUUCCGCGUGAGCUGCUGCUGUGAUGUCACAGGAACACUGCCACGUCCCCGUGGUGUUCCCGUUGCUGUGGGACACAGAGGCCUCAGUGUCCAGAGUGGCUGUGGGCACUGCUCGUUGCCGGAGGAUCCUCCUGCCCGAGGCAUUCUCAGCAGCCAGCCCACCCCUGACGGGUCUCCUUCUGUGCUUGCAGGGCUACAGUCAGCAGACGUGUGCAGCGCAGCCAAAAUGAUCCAGCACGUGGUUGCUGCAGUUUGCACGCUGUACUCUGUGGCGUAUUCAGGGGCACCUUAUGUGUGGAUCCCGAGCAGCUCCUCCUUCGGGCACAAAAGCAGCACCAGCACCUCCUCUGGCUCCCUCGGCUUCCAAAGAGGAGGCCAAAGAGGAGGAAGAGAGCAGUGAGCUUCCCGCUGUUCUGGGGGACGAUGGUGAACUUCCCUCAGUGCCGGGAGAUGAGGGUGAACUUCCCGCUGUUCUGGGAGACGAGGGCGAACAUCCCGCAGUGUGGGAAUACAACGGCGAGGCUCCCGCGGUGGGGGACAAGGACAGUGGACAUCUCCCGGUGUGGGACGAGGACGGUGGAUGUCCCCUGGUGUGGGACGAGGAUGGCCAAGCUCCCAUGGUGUGGGACGAGGACGACGGACAUCUCCCGGUGUGGGAUGAGGACAGAGGACAUCCUGUGGCUUGGGAAGAGGAGGGUGAACUUCUUCCAGCAUGGGAAGUGGACAGUGAACGUCCCCUGGCUUGGAAAGAUGAUGGUGAACCUGCAGCAUUUUGGGAAGAGGACGGAGAACCUGCCUGUGCUUGGGAAGAGGACACUGAACCUCCCUCGGCUGUGGGAUCCUGGGCUGAACAUUCUGCCAGCAGCACAGCCCUGCAGCCAGAGGGGAGAGGGGAGUGGUGCCUGAUGCAGCUGAGGAACAGCGUGAGCCUGGCGGAGCCUGCCGAGAAAUUCCUGGAAGUGGUGCAGAUUGGCCAAGGCUUCCUUGUUGACAGAGAUCUCUGUCUGGUGAUGGAAUACAUGGAUGGAGGAACUUUGCAGGUCAUUGUCAGACAGACACGCAUGGCUGAAGGAGAGAUGGCAGCUGUCAGUCGGGAGUGUCUGCAGGGCCUGGAUUUCCUUCAUGGGAACCGGGUGAUCCACAGAGAUCUGAAGAGCUCCAACAUCCUUCUGGGAAUGGACGGCUCUGUCAAGCUGGCUGAUUUUGGCCUCUGUGCUCAGCUCAGCCCUGAGCAGGACCAGCGCAGCUCCAUGGUGGGCACUGCUCACUGGAUGGCCCCAGAAGUUGUCACCAGUUCUCCUUAUGGCCCCAAGGUGGACAUCUGGUCCUUUGGCAUUGUGACCAUCGAGAUGGUUUAAGGAGAACCUCCUUACUUCAAGGAAAUGAGGGCCAUGGUAAGAGGCAAAUUCUCCAGUGGUUGCAGAGGCCUGUGAGCACAGGGUGACCCUGCACUGGGAGCAGCAGCUGGAGGAUUCUGCACAGGGGAAGUUGUGGCAUGGGUUUUCGCUCUCCCCGGCUGCACGUGGCUCUUGGGAGCCCGGCUGUGGCGUAGCUUCCACGUGCUGCCGGGGUUUGCUGCCGUGGGUUCCCAGACACGGCUCCGUGUCUCGGGCGCGUGGGCUGGCCAGCCUCUGUUUCCGUGCGCUAGGGACCCGGUAAAGAGGUAAGGAAUUUGUCCAUUUACUCCGUGCUUGGCAGGAACGGUUUAUUGGUCACGUGGCGCGGUUCGAUGGAAAGACGCAACCGCUCCUGGCACUCGCAUGGGAGAAAAUGGCGCCUGGGUGCCGGCGGGAUAGGGCUUUAUGGAGGGGCGGGGCGAGAGGAUCCACAGCCUU